CGGGAAGUCUCCAUCACACCAAAUGGCCAGCGACAGGCACCUCCCGGCGUGAGGGCUUGGGGGUCCCAGCAGGGAGAAGCAGCCGUCCUUCACCCCUGCCACAUGGAUGGGAGUAGCCGUCAGCUAUGGAGAAGGAUGUGGCCAUGUGUUCACAUGAUCCCUCCCGUAUGAAAACAAAACCACCUCCAGACACAUGCCCCAGUGCCUCAGCCUCUAUACAACACCCAGAGAGAGGAGACCUGCUCCCGUCCCGGGAGGAAGCCAGCUCUGCAGGGGACAAUCUGAGGACUGGAGUUUGAACCACCAUCUUUGCUUUGUCCUCAUUCACGCUCAUGCCCACCACCUCCUCAGAGACUACUUUACUUAGUCCUAGAAACACAGCACUGAGUUGGUCAUUGUAACCUCCCCACAUCAGGACAUUUUGGCUCUGUUGGGCAGCCUAGAGCUGUGGGCGGAGGAAGGAGCCUCAGGAUCCCAGGAUGGAGUCUAACAACACAGCCUCCUGUCUGGACUCCGCCGUGUUCAAGAUCUCGGUUGGCUUGGCCCUCACGGCCCUCAUUGUCAUCACUGUCGCUGGCAAUGUGGUCGUCUGCCUGGCUGUGGGUCUGAACCGCCGGCUCCGCACUCUGACCAACUGCUUCAUCGUGUCCUUAGCCAUCACCGACCUGCUCCUCGGCCUCCUGGUGCUGCCCUUCUCAGCCUUCUACCAGCUGUCCUGCAGGUGGAUCUUUGGCAAAGUCUUCUGCAACAUCUACACCAGCCUGGACGUGAUGCUCUGCACAGCCUCCAUCCUCAACCUCUUCAUGAUCAGCCUUGACCGGUACUGUGCCGUCACAGACCCCCUGCGCUAUCCCGUGCUGGUCACCCCAGUCCGGGUUGGUGUCUCGCUGGUCUUAAUUUGGGUUGUCUCUAUCACCCUGUCCUUCCUGUCUAUCCACCUGGGGUGGAACAGCAGGAAUGAGACCAGUGAGGCCAAUCACACCACCCUGCCCUGCAAAGUCCAGGUCAACUUGGUGUAUGGCUUGGUGGACGGGCUGGUCACCUUCUACGUGCCUCUACUGGUCAUGUGCAUCACCUACUACCGCAUCUUCAAGAUUGCCCGGGAGCAGGCCAAGAGGAUUCAUCACAUCAGCUCCUGGAAGGCAGCCACCAUCAGGGAGCACAAAGCCACCGUGACGCUGGCCACCGUGAUGGGGGCCUUCAUUGUCUGCUGGUUCCCCUACUUCACCGUGUUUGUCUACCGUGGGCUGAGAGGGGAUGACACUGUGAACAAGACCUUCGAAGCUGUUGUUCUAUGGCUGGGCUACGCCAACUCAGCCCUGAACCCCAUCCUGUAUGCCACACUGAACAGAGACUUCCGCACGGCGUACCAGCAGCUCCUGCACUGCAGGUGUGCCAGCCACAAUGCCCACGCCACCUCUCUGAGACUCAACAGCUCUUGGCUCUCCAGGACUCAAAGCCAAGAGCCCGGGCAGCAGGAAGAGAAGCCCCUGAAGCUCCAGGUGUGGAGUGGGAGAGAGGCCAUGGCACCCCGGGGAGCCACAGACAGGAAGCCCAAGCUGUCCUGCACCGAGUGCUCCAGCAACCUUCUGAGCUGCUGCAAGAGUCUGUGGGGACUUCGGUUCCUCCAGAGACACGUGGGAGGCCCCUCGGAGGAGCAGCCACUGAGGACACCGCCCUCCCAGGCUGUCUAGACCCGGCCCCAGGACACUGAAGAUACUGCUCCUGGUCACAAAAUGUGACUCCUAGAGCCACUAAGGGCCCGGCAGCCCCCAAAGCCACCAAGGAGUGACCCUAGCCUGAGUCUAGGGGUUCCCGGAGCACCCAGUGGGGUGCGAGGGUCCUCGGGCCUGGGGCGGAACAGCCUGUCUGUGCUCAGCGUUCCCAGACAGGCUGAGUCCCAAGCUCGCGUUGGUGCUGACCCCGAGUCCUGAGCAGAGAUGGGGGGACAUUGGGGAUGUGUGCGCAUGUGUGUGCACGAAUGUGAACGUGCCCUCUGAGCACAGCAGAGGGUGUUGCCCUACAGCACUAGCCUCUCGCUGCCUGUGGGUUCUGCAGGACAGAGGGCAGGGAAGGGCAGGGAAGGAGAACACUAGCCUUUAAUGAACACCGACUGUGUGCGAGGUACUUCGCCUGCAUGAGCUCCCAUAAUCUUCAUCACCUGCAACAAGGAUCACUGUCCCUCCUCUACAGAGGUGGAAACUGAGGGCCGCUCCACUAGAACGUGUGUCUGGCUCAUAGGAGGCACUAGAAAAAUAGUCGUCGAAGGAAUGAAUGAAUGAACCAACGAACGGGAGGAGGGGUGAAGAGCCAGGCCACAAGCCCAUGCUGUCCACACAACACUACCUGCCUCCUGGGAGAGAGGCCACGGUAUUUCCUGACUGAGCCCAUUCCGUGAAGCUCAGACCGUGGUCUGGGAGGGCCCUUAUGCUGCAGCACGAGUGCACUUGCUGGGGAAAGUGUGCCAACGCCAGGGAGGGAAGGCGGAGGUUGGGAGGAUGCAGCAGACAUGAGUAGGGAAGCUGACCCCGCAGCAUCCUCUGCUGGGAUGCAUAACCUUGGGUGAGGCAGGGGUCCCCUCUGAGCAUCUCUACUCCUCUGU